AAUGCCCUCAGAGGCCCCGGAGCCUCGGGACAGAGGACCGCCGCCUCCUGUCACCCGGGCCGGGCGCAGUGCUCAGCUGGCUAAAGCAGCAGCAGAAGCAGCAGCCGCUGCCAACGAGCGGCGACCUCGCGGGCGACCUCGGAAAGAUGGGAUAGGUGGACGUGCCGCACCUCCUCCUGCUCCGCCGCCACCUCCGCCGCCUAAAUCGAGGAAGAAGGGGAGGAAUCGAGGCCAAGCCCAGGUGGAGGAUGAAGAAAGCAUGGAGACGACGGAAAAGAGGCCCUCUCCUGACAAGAAGACCGAGGACAAGGAAGUGGCGCCUGGACGCCGCCGCUCCGCCUCAAGGAGAAGAUCCAGCACAAACCCAGACUCGGACACCGCGCCCAUCCACCCCGAGCCCCCCGCAGUCCCAAGUGACGAGGAGGAUCAGAGCCCCCCUGCACCCUUGGAAACGCCCCCAAUAUCUAGCGUGGAGGAAGAACCUCAACGCAGUCCGACUCCCCAGCCCCCAUCGCUGGACAUCUCUGUUCACAGUCCAAAACCGGGUCCCGAUGCUGUGGAAGAGAAGCGGCCUUGCCUCGCUAACAUGGAGGGGGAUCACGCUCCUGUUCCCAUAAAGCUUGAGGGGGGCGGGCCUAGCUCACUUGGGCAAAGUCCCACCCUGAGUUUGGGCUCCAGCCCCGCCGCCUCGCCCUGUCUCCGUCUGGAGGACGAGGACUCGUUGUCUCCCUUGUUCCAGCGGUCCAUGUCGGACGACUCCGGGGGUUCCCCCACCCCGAGCUUGGGACACACCAAAAAGCGUCUGAAGCAGUGUGCCUUCUGUUACCACGGCAACCAGCCGCCUCUGGGCCAAGGCCCGCUGGUGGUGUUCGGACCCACGCCCGGCUAUAUCCCGCUCCACAUCCUCAACCGCAGAGCAUCUUCGGACCGCGACAGCGAUUGUCAUGACCACUGCUACCGUAGCAACCAGGCUCCACCCACGAGCAGCAGUCCAUCACAGUGUGAGGACGAGUCUUUCUUACAGUUGGUGGAGCAGCUCGGACCCAUCGGACUUCCAAACGACGUCGACGUCCAAACACUGUUUGACCCCACAGGUCAGUGCUGUGCACACCUGCAGUGUGCGGCCUGGUCCGAGGGCGUGUGCUGUGGCGAGGGCCAAUCGCUGCUCUACGUGGACAAGGCCAUCGACUCAGGAAGCACACAGGCGUGCGCGUUCUGUCAUCAGCUUGGCGCGUCGCUUCGUUGCCGGGAAACAGGCUGUGGGCGGAGCUACCACUUCCCAUGUGCCGCUGCUGCCGGAGCUCAUCAGGACUGGGAGCAGAGACACACACUGUGCACGAGACACGCACAAGCAGCGUCUCCAUCAUGCUUGUCGUGUUCGCACGGCGAUGAUGUCGGCAAUCUAUUGAUGUGCUGUUGCUGCGGCAACAAAUACCAUGGUGGAUGCCUAACCCCGCCUCUGACUCCAUCCUCCCUGAUCAGGGCUGGCUGGCAGUGUUUGUCAUGUCAAGUGUGUCAGUGCUGCAGGCUGCGAGAGGACACGUCUUUGUUACUUGUCUGUGGUCGUUGUGAUAAAGCUUACCAUACACACUGUCUGACGCCCCCACUGGAUCACACGCGUCCCAGUGGAUGGACCUGCCAGAAUUGCAGGGUGUGUCUUCGCUGUGGUGUAAGAUCGUCUGGUCAGUGGGCCAAUCACCCCUUCCUUUGCGAGUCAUGUGACCCAGCUCUGCCUUGUGCUCUCUGUGGCAACACCCCUGACUUGUACUCGCCACAGGAUUAUGUCACCUGUGUCUGCUGCUAUAGGUGUGUCCACAAAGAGUGUAUUGUCCAGGCAGAAGAGGACCGAACAAAGUCUGAUGGUUACAUUUGCUCCACCUGUCAGCCUGUGGGAGAGGAGCUAACGCUGCACACACCAAUCCCACACAGUCCCGCCUUAGACCUCCAGCUCAGUCCCACAAAGGCGCCGGACAUCUACGUGACUCCGCCGUCAGUUCAAAGUCCUGCUGAAGUUCUACCCAUUGUACAUGGUAGUACUGCUCAAAGCCCAGUCCGGAUUGUCUGUUUGGACCACGCCCCAACCGUAAACACGGAACCAUCACAUGAAAGUCUUAUCCAGUCACAACCUGAUAUCACAGAGUUGAACCGAAGCCCCAAACUGUCACCCUCUGGCCCCACAGAGCUAAAACCAAGCUCUCCCUUUAACCAUGCAGAACUUCAGCAUAGUUCAGCACCAUCUCCUAACCCUGUAGAGCAAAGACUGAGUCCAGUACCAUCACCUUCUAAUCCCACAGAGCCACAACAAAUUCAAGUACCAUCUCCUAAACCCAUAGAGCAACAAAUAAGUCCAGUACCUUCCUCUAUCUCUGUAGAGCAAAGACUGAGUCCAGUACCAUCACCUUCUAAUCCUACAGAGCUACAAAGAAGUCAGGGACCAUUUCCUGCUAACCCCAUAAAGCAACAUCCAAGUCCAGUACCAUGUCCUGCUAGCCCUACAGAGCAAAAACCAAGUCCACAACUAUCACAAUCUGAUCUAACAGACCUCCAGCAAAGUCCAGAACAAUCUUCUACUGAGUCCACAGUGCUGAAACGAAGUCCACCAUCAUCUCCUACAAAUCUCACAGAGUUCCAUCAUAGUCCACAACCAUCUUCCGUGAACCCCACAAAUCUCCACCAAAGUUCCUGCACGGAACUCCAGACACAUCUUUCAAAGUCUCCCCUUAACUCAACAGUACUCUGUGAAAAUAAAGGGCAAUCUUUAUCUGAGCCCACAAACUUCCAACCUGUACUAUUGCCUGCUGAGAUGACAAAGCUUCAGGAAAGUCCUGUACAAUCUUCAUCGAAACACACAGAACUCCAGCAAAGUCCAGCGCCAUCUAUUUUGACAGCCUCUGAGCUCCAGCAAAGUCCACCACCAUCUCCUUUUACAGUCACGGAGCUCCAGCAAAGUCCAGCACCAUCACCCUCUACAGUCGCAGAGCUCCAGAAAAGUCCAGCACAAUCUCCUAUUGUUGCAGAGCUCCAGCAAAGUCCAGCCCCAUCAAAUUCUACAGUCGCAGAGCUCCAGAAAAGUCCAUCACCAUCUCCUUUGAGAGUCACAGAGCUCCAGAAAACUCCAGCACAAUCUCCUUCAACAGUUGCAGAGCUCCAGAAAAGUCCAGUACAAUCUCCUUCAACAGUCGCAGAACUCCUGAAAAGUCCAGCACCAUCUCCUUCUACAGUUGCAGAGCUCCAGCAAAGUCCACCACCAUCUCCUUCUACAGUCGCAAAGCUCCAGAAAAAUCUAGCACUAUAUCCAUAUACAGUCGCAGAGCUCCAGCAAAGUCCAGCACCAUCUCCUUCCAGAGUUGCACAGCUCCAGAAAAGUCCAGCACCAUCUCCUUCUACAGUCACAGAGCUCCAGCGCAGUCCACCAUUAUUUCCUUCUACAGUCGCAGAACUGCAGAAAAGUCCAGCACCAUCUCCUUCCAUAUUUACAGAGCUCCAGAAAAGUCCACCACCAUCUCCUUGUACAGUUGCAGAGCUCCAGAAAAAUCCAGCACCAUCUCCAUAUGAAGUCGCAGAACUACAACAAAGUCCAGCACCAUCUCCUUCCAUAGUUGCAGAGCUCCAGAAAAGUCCAGCUCCAUCUCCUUCUACAGUUGCAGAGCUCCAGAAAAAUCAAGCACCAUCUCCAUAUGAAGUCGCAGAACUACAACAAAGUCCAGCACCAUCUCCUUCCAUAGUUGCAGAGCUCCAGAAAAGUCCAGCACCAUCUUCUUCUACAGUCGCAGAGCUCCAGCAAAGUCCACCACCAUCUCCUAUUACAGUCACAGAGAUCCAGAAAAUUCCAGCACCAUCUCCUUCCAUAGUGGCAGAGCUCCAGAAAAGUCCAGCACCAUCUCCUUCCAUAGAGGCAGAGCUCCAGAAAAGUCCAGCACCAUCUUCUUCUACAGUCGCAGAGCUCCAGCAAAGUCCACCACCAUCUCCUAUUACAGUCACAGAGCUCCAGAAAAGUCCAGCACCAUCUCCUUCCAUAGUGGCAGAGCUCCAGCAAAGUCCAGCACCAUCUCCUUCCAUAGUGGCAGAGCUCCAGAAAAGUCUACCACCAUCUCCUUCUACAGUUGCAGAGAUCCAGAAAAAUCCAGCACCAUCUCCAUAUAAAGUCGCAGAACUACAACAAAGUCCACCACCAUCUCCUUCCAUAGUUGCAGAGCUCCAGAAAAGUCCAGCACCAUCUCCUUCUACAGUCGCAGAGCUCCAGAAAAGUCCAGCACCAUCUACUUCUACAGUCGCAGAGCUCCAGAAAAGUCCAGCACCAUUAUAUUCUACAGUCUCAGAGCUCCAGCUAAGUACGGCACCAUCUCCUGCUACAGUCGCAGACCAAAAGCAGUGUCCAGCACCAACUCAUUCUACAGUCGCAGAGCUCCAGAAAAGUCCAACACAGUCGUCUGUCGCAGAGAACAAAAAAAGUCUAGUACCAUCUCCUACUAUUGUUGCAGAAUUCCAACAAAGUCAAGUAGCAUCUCCGAAGAGCACAGAGUCUCAAGAAAAUCCAAUACCAUUUUCAUCAAAAAACACAGAGCUUCAGGAAAGUCCAAUACCAUAUUUACCGAACCCCACAGAGCAAAGACAAAGUCCAGUACCAUCUCCUUUUGACGUUACAGAGUACCACCACAAUGCAGUCCAAUGUUCUUCUACAAUUGCAGAUUUACAACAAAGUCCAGUGCUGUCCCCUUACGAUGCCACAGAGCUUCACCAAAAUCCACUACAAUCUCCUUCUAACACCACAGAACAAGAACUCAGACCAGCACCAUCUCUGGAUGUCACAGAGCUCCAGCAUUGUCUACAACUAUGUUCAUCGAAACUUUCUAAGCUCCAGCAAAGUCGAAUCACAUCUCCUAGUGUCAAAGCGGUCGAGGAAUGUCCAAUACCAUCUUUUUCUAACUCCACUGUGGUCCAGGAAAGUCCGGUACCAUCUUCAUUGAACCCCACAGAGGUCCAGGAAAGUCCGGUACCAUCUUUAUCGAUCCUCACAGAGGACCAAAACAUUGUGGUACCAUCUCCAUCAAACCACACAGAGGUCCAAGAAAGCCCUCUCUUAUCUCCUUCUAUUGUUACAGAGCGUCAGAGAACCACUCUAUCAUUUUGUAACGUGGUUGAGCUUCAGAAAAGUCCAGCUCCAUCUCCUAGUGCCACAGCAGUCCAACAAAGUUCAGUACCCUCUCCUUCCACUGUCGCAGAGCUCCAACAAAGUCCAGUACCAUCUCCUAGUGCCAUAGCAGUCCAACAAAGUCCAAUACCCUCCCCUUCCACUGUUGCAGAGCUCGAACAAAGUCCAGUACCAUCUCCAUCCACUGUCGCAGAGCUUCAGAAAAACCCUCUAUCACCUUCUAAGGUCACAGAGCUCCAGCAAAGUUCAGAUUCCAGUUCAUUUGACCUGGGCCUCACGGAGGUUCAAAACAAUACCAGGGAACCCCAACAAAUCAAUGUUACAGCUCCAGAACCCCAACAAAUCAAUGUUCCAGCUCCAGAACACCAACAAAUCAAUGUUCCAGCUCCAGAACCCCAACAAACCAAUGUUCCAACGCCAGAACCCCAACAAAUCAAUGUUCCAAUGCCAGAACCCCAACAAAUCAAUGUUCCAAUGCCAGAACCCCAACAAAUCAAUGUUCCAGCCCCAGAACCCCAACAAAUCAAUGUUCCAUCUCCAGAACCCCAACAAAUCAAUGUUCCAUCUCCAGAACCCCAACAAAUCAAUGUUCCACCUCCAGAACCCCAACAAAUCAAUGUUCCAGCCCCAGAACCCCAACAAAUCAAUGUUCCAUCUCCAGAACCCCAACAAAUCAAUGUUCCAUCUCCAGAACCCCAACAAAUCAAUGUUCCACCUCCAGAACCCCAACAAAUCAAUGUUGCAUCUCCAGAAACCCAACAAAUCAAUGCUCAAUCUCUUUGCAGAGCAGAGCUCCAAAAAGGUGCACUGCAAUCCAUCCCGCACAUAUACGAGACUGCAGGACUACAGGGGAGUCCUGUAGCAUUGUAUCCUAAUCCAAUACAAGUAAAAGAAAACUCGCAAUGCAAUCAUGGUCCUUUAGAAUGUAAGGAAAAUCAUUCUAGGCCUUCAACACCCUCUCAGUUGUCUUCUGACCAUUUGACUUCCCCACAAGCUCAGCUGAGUCCUCGAGAAAUGACUUCCAUGGAUUCAAUAAGAGAACAGCUAAUGUCGAGAGUUCCUCAAAAGAGUCCAUUGCAUGGUAGUCCGAUGUCGGAACUCAGUCCUAUCAGAUUGGAUGCUGACAAAUCAAAGCCUCAGACCAUUUCCCCAAACAGUAGAUCAUGUAGUCCUACUGACAUUAACAUUAAAGAGUCGCUGCUCCAAACCCAUCAAGGAUCAUACAUUCCUGUGCCGCAUAGUCCUAUAAGAACAUCACUUGAUGUUGAAACAACACUGGAUCAGGAGAGCCUGGUACCAAGCCCUUCUUCUCAUUUGCCUGUGUGGGCUGCACAGAUCAGUUCAACACUGGACCAGGACUUUCCGCCAGUCUCUUUAAAAACUACCUUCCCAGGCAGGAGGAAAACUGCAUGUAGACCCAUUUCAGCACCAUGUAGCCCAUCAAGAACCCCCGUUAGCGCCACCAAGUGCAGUCUGUCACAGCCCGCUAGUCCAGUACAGAUCGCCUCUAUGCUCCGUAGUCGGCCUUUGCAGGUUAAUGUGCUUGCUUGUCAGUCUGCUACACCAACGGAGUAUUCCCAAAGCAGUCUCCACACCGGGGUUAGACCUCAAGCCAUUCCGCUGAGUCCUAACCUCAACGGUCAAACACUUGAAUCUGUUUUUUAUAGCCCGACCACGGUCAUGUGCACAACGACUCUAACAGUUGAACCUUCAAAUCAUCUUCCCUUUCAUGCUCCACCAUCGCCAGCACCAGAAAGCCUUGUUCACCAAAUGGAACACAGUAGCCUCGCUUGCAUGUCUUCUUGUGCUGAGAAAUCUGUUGAACAGAUGGCGAGCCCAACAGAUAUCCAACCUGUCAAAGAUGGUGCUAGCCCUUCACAUGCCAGUGAAAUGCCUGCUAGUCCUGCCCGCUCACUUCUUCAGGCCUCCUCUGACUCAAUGCCAAAGGUAUCAGACAUUACCGUUGGCCUGCCUUUACCAGCUAGCCCUGUGAUGGACAGCUCUUUUCAGCCAGCAGCCGGCCCCCCAGCACCAAUAAGCUCUUCAAGGGAACCAACUAGCACCUUAUUAAUACUUCCUAGUCAUGGAGACACUACAUCAUCUGAAAAUGAAGAUACAACAACAGAAAUGAACCCUUUCUCUCUCGGAACUCCUCAUCAUCAGAACUUGGUUAAUGUUAGUCCAGAGCCUCCUCAGCUCCCACAGUCACUCCAGUCUAGUCCUUCACAGGUCCAAAUAUUCCACAGUCCCACAGAGACUACAUCUGUAGAUUCAAUAUCCCCUCCAGCUAGUCCUACACACUGUAGACCGAUUGUUUGUCCCGCUAACAUUUCUGUUUGCAAAGAUCUGAGCAACUUCGAAAGUAGUAUCUACUCGAGCAACCAAAUUUCCUCAGUAACUUGCAUGACCCCAUCUGUUUUAGCACAUAUUAGCUCAACACAGAGUGUUGAAACACUUCCUUGUAGCCCCGCAGAUUCUAGCUCAGGCCCUGCUCAAGCUCACCAGAGACUUGCUAUGUCAAGUUCAAGCCCCAAAAGGGACAAUGCAGAAAGUUCCCAAGUCCAGAUCUCGGUCAUUUGCAAUUCAUUUCAGCUGGGUACCCAUUUAGGUUCAACUGCAGAUACUAAGCCUCUAAGCCACUUGAGUCAAAGAAUAGUUGGCAAUCCCACUCAGGAACCCACUGACACACCUCAGGCUAAAUGUACAAAAAAAUCACUUGAUAGUUCCAGUUUGUCGGCCUCCUCCCACAAGUUUCCUCAGACAUCACCCACAUGUGUUCCACGGGAUAGCACGGAACACUGUAGCCAAAGUUCCCCAUUUCAAUUUGGUAAUAGAAAAAUCUCACUAAGUCCGGGUCUUACCACCCCUGAGAGUUCAGAGGCCGGAACAGGUGCAAGUUUUGAUAUCAGUGUUGAGUCAGGAAUCAGCUCAUCUCCAACGAGUCCUGGUUGCGCCAUUCUGGCUGAGAAAGAGUCGACAUCUCUGGUCGCCAUGACAAAUGACAAGGAGCAAGGGAGCUCGCAGGAGCAUACGCUAGCAGUGCAGGACCAGGAAGAGGGCCAUCAGGAGCAGGUCCAGGAGCAAGAAGGCCUCAGCGGUUCCAAUCUUAACUUGUCAGGAGUUCAGCUCUCUCCUCAUCCCCCUGCUGCAGCCUCUUUGGAUCCCCCUCCUGUCCCAUCACCACAGUCUCCAAAAAAAGCAGGCUCCCCAGACACCUCCCUCACACUCAGCGUGACAGUUGAAGCUUCCCCCUCUCUAAAGGAUCACAGGGAAUCGGGACAAGAGGACUCAUGUCCUAUGUCGUGGGCCCGGGAUGAUGACCAGUCCAAUCCCACUAAAACAGAGUCUUCAGAAUGGGUGGAGGAGCAGCCAAAAACACCAACAGUAACAGCCACCGUCUCUGAUGAAGUUUCUCGGCAGGAGGAUAUAGGGGAGAGCAAUGAUAGGGAGAACCAAGAGAGUGCUGACCCCAAAGACCAAUCCUAUGUGGAGGAGGAGCCACUGAGUCCUGUGCUGGAGCUGGAUCCCUCUUUAGAUGUGGAGGUGAUGAAGUUGAUGACCACGGAGUCUCCUCCCGCCUCCUUUCUACACCUGUCCUCCUUAAGUCCCCCUCCCAUCCCCACCCGGGGGAAAGGGCGGAGCCUCAGGCCUCCUUUAUGCUCCUCUUUCGCACCAUUAGACGACCUCUCCUUACGACUUCGGCAGUCUCCUUUUUCCACCGAGGCGUCACCUGAAACCUCCCCUGCCAGAGAGACCAUCACACCGCCGCCACUUUCCCCACCUUCCCCUCCUCUCAGGUUCAGCCCUCCAUUCAGGGAGUCUCCUCCCCUCUCCCAGAUUCCGCCCUCCACUGUGAUACCGCUCACUCCUAAAAUUGGUAUGGGAAAGCCAGCCAUCACCAAAAGAAAGUUCUCCCCUGGCAGGGCCAGGGUCAGGCAGGGUUCGUGGUGGAGUAAUGUCAGGGCAGUCAGCCCCCCCUCUUCCUCCCAGGACUCUACUGGGGAGGGUGGGAGGGACAGCCCUAAAUAUCGUCCACCGGACUCCCCGCUCUGGAGCAUGAGAGUGGGUCGUGGUUCGGGGUUUCCUGGUAGAAGGAGGGCCAGAGGAGGAGGUGUAGGAGGCGGAAGAGGAGGAAGAGGAAGGAGCAGAAUUAAGACACAGGACUUUUUGUCUGUGUCACCUGCAUACGGUUUUGUGGAGUCGAUCCCGCCUAAGGAAGAGGAGGAGAACUCCAUGCACAACACGGUGGUGAUGUUCUCCACCUCUGACCUGUUCACCCUCAGACAGGACAUGUGUGUGGUGUGCGGCAGCUUCGGUCAAGGAGCGGAAGGUCGACUGUUGGCGUGUUCUCAGUGCGGACAGUGUUACCACCCCUACUGCGUCAAUGUGAAGAUUACGCGAGUCAUCCUGACCAAAGGGUGGCGCUGUCUGGAAUGUACCGUAUGUGAGGCAUGCGGCGAGGCAAGUGACCCCGGGCGUCUGUUGCUCUGCGACGACUGCGACAUCAGCUACCAUACGUACUGCCUGGACCCGCCCCUCCACAUGGUGCCUAAGGGAGCCUGGAAGUGCAAGUGGUGUGUGUGGUGCGUCCAGUGUGGCUCCGCCUCCCCCGGGCUGCACUGUGAUUGGCAGAGUAACUACAGCCGCUGCGCUCCAUGUGCCAGUCUGACCUGCUGCCCUCUCUGUCAGAGGCUUUAUACACAGGAUGACCUCAUUCUACAGUGUCAGCAGUGUGACAGGUGGGUGCAUGCCAGUUGUGAGGGUCUGACGUCCGAAGACGAGGUAGAGAUGGCAGCUGACGAGGGCUUCAACUGUUCGCUGUGUAGAACACACAGUCGCAUCUCAUUUGGGAGGUCGGACAGUUUGGACUCCUCUUACAUGUCUCAGAUCAUCUCCAGGAGCCGUGAAGCAGACACAAAGACAUACACUCAGGAUGGAGUUUGUCUGACAGAGUCGGGCCUCUCUCACCUGCAGUCCCUGGUUGAACCUUUGACCUCAGCGCGCAGGUAUCGCAGGUGCAAACCCAAACUAAAGUUGAGGAUCAUAAACCAGAACAGCGUGUCCGUCCUGCAGACCCCACCUGACCCUCACACUGGCGAACAAGACCACCAUCACAGAGUGCACCUGGAGUGUGACCUCAAGUCGGACUCCAGUCCUGAGAGAGACCACGCCCCCUAUGAUGAUGUCAGCAAGGAGCUCCAUAUGGCAGAUGGCAGCACAAAGAGGAAGAGGAAGCCCUAUAGACCAGGUAUUGGAGGCUUCAUGGUGCGCCAGCGAGGCGGGAAGGCGGGGUCAAGCGGAUUCAAACUGUGCAGGAACGAUUCAACUGAUAUGUUGCAUGGAGACGAAGAUGUAGCUGACCAGACCCUUGACAAGGUGAAGAAGAGAUAUAGAAAGAAAAAGACCAAGCUGGAGGAGGCUUUUCCUUCCUAUCUACAGGAUGCUUUCUUUGGUCGGGAUCUUCUGGAACGCAUUCGCCAGUUGGACCAGAGGAUGGUAUCAGAAGUAGCGAGAGCCAGUCAGUCAGCAGCAGUCGAUCUGAAAGGCCCUGCCCCCUCAGACAAGAUGGUGAUCCGAAAGCAAGAAAGACUGCCCAUGUCGGACGAUGCGCUCGUGGAUCUGUCUGACGUUCUCAACACUCAUCCUCAAAUUCUGGCCACCGGACACACAGGCCAGUUCCAGGUGGAGCGCUCCCCCUCUCCAUUUGCGGGCCUAGACAUCGGGUCCAUGGCGGAAGACCCCUUGCUGACCGGAAGUGGAGGACACAGUCAUAGAUCAUUGCAGGAAGAGCCUCUGGACGCCAUCUUAAACCCUGAGCUUGACAAGAUGGUGACAGACGGUGCCCUCCUCAGCAAACUGUACAAUAUUCCAGAGCUUGAGGGCAAAGAUGUGGAAGACCUUUUCACUGCUGUCCUCAGCCCGGACAACAGCGAGAAACAUCACCACCACACUGCUGCAGGAAGCAAAACACACACAGCAGCCGUGUUUCCUCGUCUUCCUCUGAUGAAUGGCCUCACAGGACGAGCCCCUCACUUGGUCAACCCUCCCAUGAUGCCGAGCGGCACUCCUGGCACGGCGAGUCACCGAAUUUGUCCUCCAGAGGGAUCCUUCCCCGGCUCCGCCCCUUGCCUGCCUUCAGCUAAUCAGGCUGGGGGAGAGGGCGAGCAGGACGCCUUGUCUACGGCACAGAGGAGCAUGUUGAAGUGGGAAAAGGAGGAGGCUCUGGGCGAGCAGGCUACUGUUGCCCCCGUGCUCUACUGCAACACCAACUUCCCCCAGCUGAAGGAGCAGUAUCCUGAGUGGUCCACAAGAGUGAAGCAGAUCGCCAAACUGUGGAGAAAAGCGAGCUCUCAGGACAGAGCACCUUUUGUACAACGUGCAAGGGACAACCGUGCAGCGCAGCGCAUCAGCAAAGUCCACAUGUCCAAUGAGCCACUCAAAAGGCAGCAGCAGCAACAACCCUUGCAACCGCCAUUGUCUGUGCCCUAUGAUGCAAUGUCCAUGGAGUCGGAUUUGGCGCUGAAGGACCCGCUAAGGCCUAGAGAGUCUGAGCAGGAGCAGGAGUGGAAGCUAAGACAGGGAGAGGUAAAAGACAGAUGGCGAGCCGGUAAGAAGAGGCAGGAAAAUCUCCCCCAAAGCAAAGCCCUAAAAUCACCAACAGAUAAAGAUUGUCCCUUCCAGGCAUCUCUAGCAGGAGGUGGCAAAGAGGCUCUGCAUUUGCGUCAGAAGAGCAAACAGCUGGCCAAGAUCGAAGCCAGUCAGAAGCUGGAGCAAGUGAAGAACGAACAGCUGCUGCAGCAGCGACAGCAUCACCUCUCGGCCAAUGAGCAGCCUGUCACCGGGAGCGAUGUGAUGCCUCUCCAGCUACUUCCCUCCACGGAUGCCCAGGCCAGACAGAACAUCCUACAGGGCUCCGUACUGGCCGACAAUGUUUUUCUCAGACCACAAGUCCCACCCUCUUCUGGCUACUCCUCACUUCCUCACUCCCCGCACUCCUUGUCACCCCUUCACCAGCCCCCAUCCUCUCCCCAGAUGUUCUCCCCGCCUUCAUCCAGCCCCACGUCCCCCUGGGAUCCCUACAGUAAACCAGCAGGGACUUCUCGGCCUGCCUCCAUUCAGCAUUGCACCCCACUCAACAUAUCUCCUGCACACGAUGCACUGGGUUCCCCUGCACCCUCACCUGAUUCGAAAGCCUCUGACGCUUCUCGGACCCUCGGACUCCAACCAGGCCUGCAGCACAGCAAAGCGGCAUUGAAGAGUCCCCCAUCUGGCUCUCAGGUGUACCAGAGGUCUCCGGUCCAAGGGGGCGUGUUUAAAGCCCCCAUGCCACCUCAAAACCAGCUGCAACAGGAGUUGUUUAGUGGUGCGCCAGCUGGAGCAAGAAGAGACCCAUCCAGACCCACAGACCUUGGCCUCAUCCCCCCUCAGAGUCAGGACUCCACUUUUAGUUCCAGCCAGCUCUCUGGGCUGGGCUCCCCUCAUCGCAGCCCUUAUGCCCACACGCCAGGGACCCCCAGAAUUGACUAUAGCCAGCAGAUGGCAGACCACUUUGUCAAACAGCCAGCUUUGACACCCCGUCCCUCUCCUGACCCCUACAGUAAUCCUCAAACCCCUGGCACUCCCCGGCCACAUUCAGACAACACAUACCUCAACGCAACUCCUGGACUUCGAAUAGAUCAGUUCAACCAGUUGGCAAACAGCCGCCGACCCUCCCCUUCACACACAACAUUGGACCCAUACUCAAACCCAGCCACACCCCAUCCCUUUGUUCCUGAGCGCUUCCCUCGAUCACCAGGCAGCACGUUAACCACCGAUCCCCAUGCUAAACCACCUGGUACCCCGCGUCCAUCACCGGACCCCUACGCCCAGCAACCCUCCACACCUCGCCCCCAGAAGACCUCUGAAGCCUUCAGCCAAGCUCAAGUGGAGAGCUUUACUCCUCAGCUUGUGAGAUCUCCCCUGGGUUCAGGACUUGGUGGAGAGACUGUGACUCUCACACCAACCCACAAACAGUCUCCAGGGAGGCAACAACAGCAGCAGGACUCCUUUCCCAGGACUCCUGGUAGUAGCCAGACCCCAAAGCACCCUGGGAUGUCAGAAGAUACUGGCUUCCCCGGCCCGGUCAGUCAAACUUUGGGAAGACCCACCACUGGGCCCGCACAGAUGGACAAAACAUCAGCCAAUAACAUGGCAACAGUAGGUGGGGCUUGUUUAGAGGGACCAAUGGGCUUGCUUCCACAGCUUGGUGACUCUGAGGAAAAACUAAGACAGCGUCAGAGACUCCGCCAGCUCAUCCUGAGGCAGCAGCAGCAGAAGAGUGCAUUGCGGCAAGAAAAAGGUCUCCAGGAGUCUCAGCCUGGUGCCCCUUCAGCUACUGCUGCUCCACCAGGUUCGGCCCCCAGCUCAGCAACACCCCGUCACUGGUCCCAGGAAGAAACCACCACCCCCAAUCCUCCAACUGAUGUGUUUGGACGUCCACCACCUCCUUACCCCGGUAUAAUGCGGCCUGCUGGACCAGCUGGAGCUUUUACUGGACCCCCACGGUUGCAUGGAACUUUUCCAGUGGACCAGGUCAGAGGGUUAAGCCCAAGUGAGUCUCAAUUUCCCAGGCAAAGCAUCCCCAGGGAACUUGGACCCAGAGGAAUGGCCUUAAGGUUUGGUCUCCAGGAGUCCUUCUUGCGUUCUCCCACAGUGUUAGUGCCUAGUUCUGGGCUUGUACCCCCUGUCCAGAUAAGGGCGCCAGUGCCCGGUGACUUUACCAGCAUCCGUCAGAUGACUGUCCCCAGCCCUCAUCCACAUUUGAUGUCCGCUGUCCACCAGCCCUUUGUUCCCCGCUCCCUCCCCAUCCAGCAGCACAGCAUCAUGGGGCAGCCUUACAUUGAGCUUCGACACCGUUCUCCAGAGAACCGUCUGAGGCUGCCAUUCUCCCUUGCUGCCCCACCCAUGCAGACCGUGGACUCUCAGCCAUCAGCUGCCAGGCCAACCUCAGGGGUCCCGAUAGCAGAGACAACAGUGGGUCAUCAUCCAAUGCUGACGAUGGAGCAACUCAACCAUCAGAAUCUAAUCCACGUGGCAGCAUUGGGUCAGGAGAGUGAACCAGGGCUCCAGGGGACUGAUGGGAUAGAGGAGCACCUGGAAGGGGAGGACUCAGCUGUAAAAGAUCUGGAGGAUGUGGAGGUGAAAGAUCUAGUUGACCUCAAUCUGAACCUGGAUCCUGAAGAUGGUAAAGAAGACUUAGACCUGGGUGCCAACGACCUCCACUUAGAUGACUUCUUGCUGUCGGGAAAGUUUGACCUGAUCGCUUAUGCUGACCCCGAGCUCAACCUAGAGGACAAGAAAGACAUGUUCAAUGAGGAGCUUGACCUGGAGGAUCCUGUGGGAGACAAAAAGGGAGGAGAGAGGCGAGACUUAGUUGGUGGUCCGAGAAAGUUGGAUACCAAUGCCAACUUGUUAGGUCAGGUCAAAGAAGAAGUGCAGGAGGCCGUCAACAGAGAUACUAAAAAUGAUUCUUCAUCCCGUCACCCCGCACCACAACCUGAGGCUGUCAGCCAACAACUCCCUGUAGCUUCUGAGGCUGAGACAGCAGGAUCCAGCCAGUCCAGCUCUUCUUUGCACCUUGCCAAGGGGGAUGUGAGUGAUUCUUCUGAUUCAGCAGUUUUGCCAGAACUCCAAGCCCAGGAAAAGGCUUUGUCGUCUGGCGUAACUCCAGGUCAGCAGCCUGGCUUCCAUCAAACACCCCUUGGACCCUCUUCGGCUUACCUCAACCUUCAAACUCAGGCUUCCCCUGACACCCCUCACAAAGUGUCGCUUCAACUCUCCCAGCCUUGCCUACUUCUCAACCCUCAGGCCGUGUCUCCAAACCUGGACGCAGCUGCUCAAUCCAUUGCCCAGGAACAGGCCCAGAACAAGUCUAAACCUUUACUACUGGAGGAGCAGCCACUUUUGCUGCAGGAUCUCUUGGACCAGGAGCGCCAGGAGCAGCAGCAACAGAAACAGAUGCAGGCACUGAUCAGACAGAAAUCCACCUCUGAACCCACAUUCCCAGAAAUAACCGACUUUGACUCCAUCUCAGACCCCAUAAUGAAGGCCAAGAUGGUGGCUCUUAAGGGCAUCAACAAGGUGAUGACUCAAGGGAACCUAGGCCUCAACAACAUGGUCAUCAACAGGUUUCACCAGGCUCCUGCGGCCACGACUCCUGAAGGAACCCCUCAACCUCUGCUUCAAGUUGGACAGGAAGGAGAGGUAAACCCUCCACUGGUGCGGCCGAACCCACCCAGCUUUGGACCUGGAUUUGUUAACGACUCUCAGAAACGUCAAUAUGAAGAGUGGUUGGGUGAGACCCAGCAACUCUUGCAGAUGCAGCAGCGUCUCCUGGAGGACCAAAUCGCAGCUCACCGCAAGACCAAAAAGGCUCUGUCGGCCAAGCAGAGGACGGCAAAGAAGGCGGGUCGUGCACUCGCAGAGGAAGACGCUGCUCAGCUGCACUACAUCAUGGAGCAGCAGGUGUCUGUCCAGAAGCAGCUGGAGCAGAUACGUAAGCAGCAGAAAGAUCACACAGUGCUCAUCGAGGACUACAGAACACAACAACAACAACAGCAGCAGCAAAGACCCCUUCCUAUUGUGCCUUCUGGAGUAGUACCUCAGCAGAAUAGGCCCAGUAACUCAGCUCUGCCCUGCGUCCAGAACAUUCCCCCUGGUUGGUCACCAGAAGUGGGAGUUGUUCCAGGUUUGAUGGGGCCGAAUAUGGCAUCUCAUGUGCCACCACAGUUGCCCCAUACCCUUUCAAAGCCCCCUCAGGCUUCACAGCCCUCUCCAGCCAUUGCGCCCAGACUUUCAGCUCCAGCAGCAGGCUUUGCCCCAGGACCCCGGACACCCACUGGGGGUCCCAGUGGUGCCUCAGGGGGUGACAUAGCAGCACCCUCCCCCCAGGUCAAAUUUGAUGACAACAACCCAUUCAGUGAAGGUUUCCAGGAGAGGGAAAGGAGAGAAAGAAUAAGAGAGCAGCAGGAGCGGCAGAGGGUGCACCUUAUGCAGGGGGUGGAUUGCCAUAGGGUCUUGCAGCAAGGUUCUCAAGGUGGAUCUGUGGGACCUGGAGUGGCUCGGCUCUGUUCCACAGGGUCAGUGGCUGGCAGCACUCCUGGCUCCACCCCUAGUGGGGACACUUUCUCCAAGAUGCCUUUCUUCAGUUCUGAACUGCCCCAGGACUUCCUCCAGUCUCCGCCUGCCUCCAGACCGCCACAACUCCUCUUGUCGUCGCCCAACCUCCAGACCACACCGAGACUCCCAGACCCUUUGGGCUCUGCAGGUCCUGGUCAGGUCCGUCCACCUGGCCUUGGAGGGGUCGUUAUAGCUCCUUCCAAUCAAGGAAGUCAAGGUCAUCAAUUUCGACAGGAGUCCUCAACCUCAUCACCAUCUGCCCCUCUACAUGCCGUCUUCACCCCUUCCUCAUCCGGAGGCCCCGCCUCCCUCAUGCAGCUGUACUCUGACAUCAUGACAGACGACAGCCUGAAGAAGAAGAGGAGUGGGAACAAGGACAGAGACAAUUCUGCUGGGGGAGCCAGAACACCGCUGUCCUCACACUCUGAUGACAUCACAGCCCCGUCUACUCCAGCCUUUUCAGACGCUUCGUGCUCUACGCCCACACGGUGCAGCACUGAGUUGGCUGAGAUGAACACCCCUCCCCUCUCUGGUCUGGCUCCAUCCUCAGAACUGGAGAAGCAGCUGUCUGUGUGCCCUGCAGCCCAGGACAGAACCCAUCUAAUGGACAUGGAGGCUCAUAGAGGCCUCCUGUGUGGCCGCAUGGGGGUCAAGGAGGAGCGAGAGGAGCGAGGACCCUGUGGAGGAGACCCAGUAAAGUUGGAGUGCGCCUCCCCUCUUCAUGUAGGAGGAGAUGCAGGGAAGGAGCUGCUCAGACACUUGCUGAAGGAAAAGGCUUCUCCGGCAAAGACUCCAUCGCCUACCACCCAUGCCCCGCCUCCUGUCCACCACCAACUCUCCACUGACAGUGUGCGCUCUGAGGAGGAGGACGGUGCUGGUUUCCUUGGCAACAUGAUGGUGGACAGUCCUGAUGUCUUGGACUUGUUAGGCAAGAAAAAGGCUCAGCGAUGUAAGAGAGCUGCUCGGCCCGACAAAGACAAAGCUCUGGCCAAAUACAAGCGGAGGAAACGAGAAGACGAGGACGAAAUGCUUCACUCCUCUUCCACCCCCUCUGAGCAGAUCAUAACACACCUCAGACAGCUCUCUGUGCUACCCCUCAUGGAGCCCGUUCUGGGGUUCGACCUGAGUCUGUUCCCCCCUUAUGGCAGCACCUCUCUAGGGAGGGACUCCAGACUCACUGGCUCCUUUGGCAACGCCUGCCUGGACGGAGUCACUGACUACUACUCACAGCUCACAUGCAAGAACAACCUCUGUAACCCACCCACACCGCCUGCCUCGCUGCCACCGACCCCCCCACCGGUGGUAAAGCAGAAGCUAGUGAACGGCUUUGCUACAGCAGAGGAACUGAGCAGGAAGGAGCUCACCGAGCAAGAUGUGAAAGGUGUCAAAUCCAAGGUUCAAGAUCUUCCGGCUGAAAAUCACACCGCCAAGACUGUGGACGUGCCCGCCUCCCUGCCGACUCCACCCCACAACAACCAAGAAGAGCUCCGGGCCCAAGAAUCGUCGCUACGCAGCAGCCCGGAAGACUUUGUCCCGUCCUCGUCUCCUGACAGUGUGGCAGACAUGGAGAUAAGCAGAUACCCUGACCUGUCCUUCAUCAAACUGGAGCUACCAUCCCCUUGCCCAUCUCCACCGAUACCCAUCAUGCCCUGCUCUUGGGGCAAAGGCACUGCGGUAAAGCAGGAAGUGAAGGCGGAGCCAAGCCAACAGGCUCCUCCCUCCUGUUCCAACACAGAUCUGGUUACCAUAGCGAUCACCCUAAACCCAUCCGCUGCUCAGAAUGUUCCUGGUGUCAUGGCGACAGUGGCGAAGCUGCUGCGGGUCCCCACUUCAAUCAACUACCAGCUGAGCCGCGCUGAGUGCAACCCGCUGGCUCUGCUGGCGGGAGUCAGAGUGCCACUUCCUCAGGCUUCAGCAAGCAGCAGGCAGCAGAGACCUGCGCCUCCAGCUGGUGUGAGGAAGGACGUCAUCCAGCAUGGUGCUACACCUGCUGUCUCCAGACCGCCGUCCUGCAGCCACUGCAAAAUACUGCUGGGAAGUGGAGUUCGCAAAAUCAAAGCUGUCAAACAGGAAGGUCCGUCCACUCUGCUCUUCUGUAGCCCAAACUGCUCUGCUCUCUACUCAUCUGGACUGAAAACCGCAAGCUCUGCAGACAAGCCUAAGGACAAGACACCCCCUGAUACCCCCAGCAGACUGCAUCACCACUACGCCAACAACAUGUCGUCCAUUGCCGUCCACUCCCUCCCUCGGACUCCCAUCACUCCAUCCCAGAACGCCACCUCGUCCCCACCCCUCCAGUUCCCCUCCGCCUCCACUGUCACCAUGGAGAUCAGGCCCCGUGUGGACAGCCUGAAGGUCAAGGUGAAACUGAAGCCCCACCCCCACGCCUUUUCUGAGGGGGAUGACUUGCUGCUGAGUCACCACGGGAAGAGGAUGAAAAAUUCUCGCUGGCGACGCUGGAACAUCAACGUCACUCUGACCAGGGGUCCCAUUUCGGACGAAGCGGUCGCCAUGCCAACGGAGGAGGAAAUCGAUGUGAUGUUAAAGAAACUGGGGGCAUCCCUACGACCCGACCCUAUACCUGUAGACCAGCGAAGGUGUUGCUUUUGUCACCAGCUGGGCGAUGGUGUAACAGACGGGCCAGCCAGACUGCUGAACCUGGACUUGGAUCUGUGGGUCCAUCUGAACUGUGCUCUGUGGUCCAGUGAGGUGUAUGAGACUCAGGCCGGCGCACUCAUCAACGUGGAGCUAGCCCUAAGACGCAGUCUCACGCUCCGCUGCGCUCACUGCCAGCAAACAGGCGCCACCAGCGGCUGCAACCGUUUGCGCUGCACCAACACAUAUCACUUCACGUGCGCGCUGCGGGCCCAUUGCACUUUCUUCAAGGACAAGACAAUGCUGUGUCACUUCCACAAGCCCAGGAUGGCUCCUCUGAGCGGGGACAGAUCCUCCAGCAGCUCCCCAUCCUCCACCCCGGGCAUGACCUCCGACUUUUUUUCGUCUGUGUGUGAUCCGUACAACUCGGAGCUACGGUGUUUCGCCGUGUUCCGUCGCGUGUUUGUGCAGAGGGACGAGGCAAGGCAGGUAGCGGCGAUGGUGCAGCGCGGCGAGCAGCGGCACACGUUUCGCGUUGGCAGCCUGCUCUUCUGCGCCGUCGGGAGGCUCCUCCCACAGCAAAUGAGCGCUUUCCACAGCGCAGUCGCCAUCUUUCCAGUCGGCUACCACGCCAACCGCAUCUACUGGAGCAUGCGCAACAGCAACCGACGCUGCAAGUACAUGUGCUUCAUCGAGGACCAUGACGGACGACCCCUUUUCAGGGUUAAGGUGGUGGAGAAAGGCUACGAUGACAUCAUCCUGACCGCGACAACUCCUAAAGGUGUUUGGGACCAGAUCCUGGAACCAGUGUCGCAGCUCAGGUCCUCUAGUGGCACUCUGAAGCUCUUCCCGUCUUACCUGAAAGGAGAAGAUCUUUUUGGGCUGAACACGUCGGCCAUCAGCAGGAUCAUUGAGUCUUUACCAGGUGUGGAGGCGUGCGAGAGGUACACCUUUCGUUACGGACGGAACCCGCUCAUGGAGUGGCCUCUAGCUUUCAACCCUUCUGGCUCAGCCCGGUCCGAGCCCAAAGUCAGCCAAGCAAAAAGGCCGUACCUGUUGACCAGCAUGGCUCCCAGGUGUCAGGGCUCAGUGGGCUCCAUCGUGGGAAUGGUGCCGGGUGUCAUCGCUCUGUCGCCGGGUGAGACGGUGGCUGGGGCUCAUCAGGGUCGCCACUCCAAGUCGUCGCAGUACCGACGCAUGAAAGCAGAGUGGAAGACCAACGUCUACCUGGCGCGCUCUCGCAUCCAGGGUCUUGGUCUGUACGCCGCCAGAGAUAUCGAGAAAUGCACCAUGGUCAUCGAGUACAUCGGCGCUAUCAUCAGGAGUGAAGUGGCCAACCGAAAGGAGCGAGUCUACGAGAGUCAGAAUCGAGGCGUGUACAUGUUCCGCAUUGACAAUGACUACGUGAUCGACGCCACCAUCACUGGAGGACCCGCCAGGUACAUCAACCACUCGUGUGCUCCCAACUGCAUCACGGAGGUGGUCAGCGUGGAGAAGGAGAACAAGAUCAUCAUCAGCUCAUGCCGACGCAUCCAGAGGGGAGAAGAGCUGAGCUACGACUACAAGUUUGACCUGGAGGACGACCAACACAAGAUCCCAUGCCACUGCGGGGCCUUCAACUGUCGCAAGUGGAUGAACUGAGCGCACACGCUCAUUAACGCAUUAACCUCAUAUCAAAGAUGCUCAUUAAAGGGGAGGGGUCAGGAGUGGGGUUACAAAAGAGGCUGGUCCUCUUUGUGUAGUGUGUAUAUUUGUACAAAGAUGCCCCCACGUGGUCAUGACUUGCACUAAAGAAAACAUCCAAUCAAGGCAGAUCAUUUCCCCUUACAUCUGUAAAAUAAAAUGUUUUUGUUGUAUUUAUUACUAAAUGAAGUUAUUUUCUAAUCACAGCCAGUCGUGGAGGAGAGUCGCGGUGUGUAAAUAACUAAAAAUGAGGAAUCUUCACAGUACUGACCGUGACGUUUUGUUUGCCCCGCCCCCUCCACGUGUGUCUUUCUAUUUGUGUAUAUUCAAAUUGUAUCAGAACUCUGCUGAUGUACAGUCUGUGGCCACGCCCCCCUUCGGUUGUUGUUUUUUUUUUACUGUUUGAGGAUGCCUUUUCGUUCUUGAAAGGGGGGUAUGUGGAGUCUGAUUUAGAAUCAUUUACAGAAAAUAAAAUAUUUUACAUCUUGAAAGCACGUCUUCGAAUUGUU